CAAUGCAACUGUUUCAUUCUUUUGAACCAUCGUCAUCACAGUUGUUGUUUAAGAGCAAAGUACACUCCAAUACUUUCGCUGAAAGCAUGAAGUUUCCUGUAAGACUAGCACAAAUAUUCAGCUAUUUCCCGAUAUACAUCGGAAAACACGACGAACCUAUUAAAUUCAAAUGGCUAUAUUGGAGAAUGGGUUAUUCAUGUAUAGCUUUCCUACUUUUCGUUACAGAAUUCAUUUUUGUCGUUGUUGAGACAUGUAAACACAAACUAACGAUAAUAGACAUAAGAGUCAUCGUUUUUCAACUAGGUGCUGUCAUACAGUACAUACUAUUCUUCAAACUGACCUACGUUUGGCCGAGAUUUAUUAAGGAAUGGAGAAAAGUGGAGCUGCAUAUGAAAAACUACGAAAUAAUAGAAAAUUUGAAGUUAAAGAUAGCCUGUUUGGCUAGUAGUAUUAUGUUUAUUGCAGGAGUUGAACAUGGUUUGGUCAACGCUUACAAGUUAAAAGAUUGUUUCGAUAAGGAACCAACUGCUCGGGAAGCUUUCCAGACUUUUUUUACUUAUGCUUAUGAACAUAUUUUUCACGUUAUCGGAUAUUCUUUUUGGUUAGGAAGCCUUAUACAAUUUCUAAAUCUACAAAGAACUUUUUAUUGGAGCUACACAGACGUUUUUAUAAUGCUAAUGGGUUCAGUAUUGACGUACAGACUGAAACAAUUAUCACAGAAAAUAAAGGAGACCACAAAAGUUAGGGUGAACGACAUGGUCGUGUGGAAAACUCUCAGAAAAGACUACAUCCGCAUUUCAGAGCUCUGCUUCGUUGUCAACGAAAAACUCUCAGGCAUUAUCAUCUGUUGUUUCCUGAUGGACCUAUACUUCGUCUUAAUUCAAUUGUAUGGAAGUUUACGCAACAUGGAGAGCGUCAUUGAAAAAGUAUACUUCUUCUUGUCGUUCGGACUAGUGCUAUUGAGGAUAUUUUGUAUGUGUAUAUUCGGAGGAGCAGUCUAUGAGGAGUGGAAAAAUAUUAAGUUCCAUUUGAGUACAGUGGAUGCGACUGCGUAUAAUGCGGAGGUUGAAAGACUGAUGACACAUGUAACUACAUGCGAAUUGUCACUUUCUGGCAAGAAUUUUUUUAGUAUAUAUCGAGGAUUGAUGUUGCAGAUGGCUGGAGCAAUAGUAACCUACGAGUUGGUGUUGAUUCAGUUCUACAAAAGAAGAUAACGCUUGUCUUCUUAAGUCACAAGAAAGAACAAAAAUAUUCCAUUAUAAAAGUGCAGUACUUACCAAUCAUAACAAUUUUUAUUGAUUUUUUUACCAAAAUGUAUAUAAGAUACAAAUAUUAAACUAUGAUAUUGUAAGGAGUAUUAUUAUAUUAUUAUUAAUUU